AUGGCGGACAAGAAAGACUCCCCAGAGAGCGAACAUUUUGAAUCCGAAAUAAAAUCGGACCCUACUACUCUCAUAUCACCCCUUGGAUCAGAAAGAAAACCAUAUGGCGAAACUGGCCUGAAGGGCAUCCUCACAAACAAGUAUGUGGCAGCAUGCGCCGCCUUCGCAACCCUGGGCGGAGCCAUGUUCGGCUACGACCAAGGUGUCAUCUCAAUCACUCUUACAAUGGACCAAUUUCUCGAAAGAUUCCCCGAAGUUGGUCCCGAUGCACCCGGCGCUGGAUUCCAGAAAGGAAUCCUCACUGCCAUGAUCGAGCUCGGAGCCUUUAUCGGAGCAAUGAAUCAGGGAUGGAUUGCCGACAAGAUCUCUCGCAAGUGGUCUAUCAUGGUUGCAGUGAUAAUCUUCCUCUUUGGAUCCGCCCUGCAGACAGGAGCUAUGAGUUUCUCAAUGCUUGUAGGUGCCCGGUUUGUUGGAGGUAUCGGUGUCGGCAUGCUGGCCAUGGUGGCACCACUUUACAUUUCUGAGAUCGCGCCCCCGGAGAUUCGUGGUACUUUGCUUGUUCUACAGGAGCUUUCUAUUGUUACUGCUAUUGUGGUUGCUUUCUACAUCACCUAUGGUACACGAUAUAUUCCGAGUGAAUGGUCGUGGCGCCUUCCUUUCCUCAUUCAGAUGAUUCCUGCCGUAUUCCUCGCCGUCGGUAUUCCAUUCCUACCAUAUUCACCUCGUUGGCUCGCUGGCCGAGGCCGAGAUGAAGAAGCACUCGAGUCUCUCUGCAAGUUGCGCGGUGUCGACCCUACUGACGAGCGCGUCAUCCGAGAGUGGGUUGAGAUUCGCGCCGAAGUUGCUUACUGCAAAGAAUUGAGCGUUGUGAGACACCCAAAGUGCCAGGAUGGAAGUUACAGCAGCCGUGCUAUGCUUCAUGUCUGGAGCUAUCUGGACUGUUUCCGCAAAGGGUGUUGGAAGCGUACCCAUGUUGGUAUUGGACUGAUGUUUUUCCAACAAUUCGGUGGUGUCAACGCUCUCAUCUACUACUCGCCUAGUCUAUUCGCCGGAAUGGGUCUAGACUACGAAAUGCAACUCCACAUGUCCGGCGUCAUCAACAUCUGCCAAAUGCUAGCCUGUUUCUGGUCACUAUGGGGAAUGGACAGAUUUGGCCGGAGGCCUUUGCUCUUUGGCGGUGCUGCCUGCAUGGUUCUUGCGCAUUUCAUAAUCGCUGUCUUGAUGAGCCAAUUCCAAUCGGACUGGCCUGAUCAUUCCGCAGAGGGCUGGGUUUGCGUCGCUUUCUUGUGCUUCUUCAUGCUUACCUAUGGCGCUACCUGGGGUCCUAUCCCUUGGGCUAUGCCGGCUGAGAUCUUCCCCUCUUCGCUACGUGCUAAGGGUAUGGCAUACUCCACAAUGUCGAACUGGCUUAACAACUUCAUCAUUGGGCUUAUCACUCCGCCGCUUGUGCAAAACACUGGGUAUGGAACUUAUGCGUUCUUCUGUGUGUUUUGCACCCUGUCGUUUGUUUGGACGUGGUUCUUCGUUCCGGAGACCAACGGGAAAACUUUGGAGGAAAUGGACUCAGUCUUUGGGGAUAACACUUCGACUGAGGAGAUAGCACAGCGUGCGAGGAUUGAGGCUACAAUCUGGGCCCAUGCUGCCGCACGGUCUGAUGGGCUCGAAGGUACCCAGCAAAUUACUUAG